ACAAAAUUACUUCGAUAAAGUUUCAGUCAAAUAGAUUUCUAUGCAGCAAAGCCCUGAAAUAUCUACUAAAUCAAAUUUAUUUCUGUGAACUACCUACUCGGUUGUAUUUAAAUUACAUCAGUAAAACAUUCGUGUAUAUAUGGAAUAAAAGUUAUGAAAGAAAUGAAUUCUAUACAGAAUAACAUUUCCGAUCUGUUGAAGUUAGCCAGAAAAUUCAACUGCUUUUAUUUAUCCGGUAUAUGUCAAGGCACAUGUAAGCCUUUCUUUGUAGCGGGCAACCAAGUUGGCUUAAUUCGGCCAGAUGUUAUGAAACACAUACAAAGAUUUCCAGAGGUUUUUAAUAUAACUGGGACAUAUGUAGAGUUGAAUCCAGCAUUUAGAGAUUAUAAAGAAAGGACUUCUAAAGUUGCAGAUAUGUUGAUGAAGCUGCGGAAGGAAGAUGAAAUAAUAGCCUUGAAAGGCUGGAGAGAUGAGUGUUUUGAAGUAAGCCUUCCUUUCUCCUCUGAGAGCCUUUUGGAAAUGGACAGGAGUGCCUUCUGUUUAUUUGGCAUUAGGAACUAUGGCGUCAGUGUCACUGGCUACUUAUACCAUCCAACCAAAGGGCUUUGCAUCUGGCUCCAGCAGAGAAGUUUUACUAAACAAACUUGGCCUGGAAGUUGGGAUUGCUUUGUAAGUGGAGGUUUGGCUGUAGGCUAUGGCAUCCUAGAGACAUGCAUAAAGGAGGCUGCUGAAGAGGCUUCUGUUGAAGGAGACCUUAUAAACAAACUUUUACCAGCUGGCUGUGUUAGCUUCUAUUUCGAGAGCGAACGAGGUUUAUUCCCUAAUACAGAGUAUGUGUAUGAUCUGGAGUUGCCAUUAGAUUUUGUUCCUAAAAAUGCUGAUGGUGAAGUGGAGACAUUUGAACUGUUGACUGCUGAAGAAUGUAUCCAGAGGGCUCUCUCUCCUCACUUUAAAACAACGAGUGCUCCUGUUCUCCUAGACUUUCUUAUAAGGAAAGGAUAUAUUAACCCAGAAAAUGAGUCUAACUAUCGGAACCUAGUAGAAUUGCUCCAUGUACCAUUGCAAUCAAUCUACAGCUGGCCUUUCACCAUUUCCAACACUUUCAACGGUGACAACCAUGGGAGUUGUGUUGAUUCUAACUAGUACUUAAAGUAUGUUCUUCUCUAAUGUACUUCUAUAAUAUUUUCAUUUUAGACGCACGAAGUUAAUCAAGAUACCAUGUUGAGCAAUUUCUUUAUAUUAUUUUAGUAUGAACCAGUAUAUUAUUAUAUGCAGCAAGUGAAAAAAAAACUUAUAGCAAUACAACAUGGCCUAAAGGUUUAUUGGCCUUAUGCUUAACUACUUAGGUGAGCUUUAAGUGUUAUCUAAGUAUAUUUUUUUUCUAUUUUAUUUAAAUACCCAGUUAUGAGAUUUCUUGACCAAAUCUUGAUGUAUGUUAUGUGUAGUUAUUUCAAGACACCAUAGGUUAGCUAGGUAUUGUUAAUUUCUGUGAUACUUUACCAGUUUGGUAUAAGGUAUUGUGUAUUAUUUAGUUGAAAUCCCACCUCUAUGAAAUACUUUCAGAUGUUUUAAGUAUUUAUUGUAAUUUUUUUACUUCACUAUUUUUGGUUUUAUUAUGUUAUUGAAUUUAACGUUCUGUCAUAAGAUAUAAUUAUUGUGACUAAAUUUUUUUAAAUAAAGUGUACUCAUACAAAGAUAGAAUACUUCUAGCGACUAGGUGCUACUUACUAACGCUAAUGUUAUAGUGUUAGGGUAAGUUUUAUCGGUCUACAAUAUUCAGUACUUACAUAUAAGGGAACAGGAAGGCCUGUGGCUACGUACACAGAGAUUAAAAUGGAAACAAAAUGUAUUGAUAAUGUUGUUAUAAAAAUAUUCAGUGGUAGACUGGAUCGCAUGUUUCUAAUAGUCUAGUCAUACAACAAUCGUGUAUCGAGGCUUUGCAAAUCUAUAAGUCUUUUGUUUACCUGUUUCUAAAAAUUUUCCUUAUGAUGUUAAGCAUCGAAAAGUAACAAUUGUUGACAUUGGCUAGCUUCAGUCAUACAAAUUAAUCACGAAUAUGGUAAUAUUUAUUGUAAUGCUAUUUUAACGUUUUGAAUUUUUGUUGGCUUUUGAGAUUUGAUCCAAAAACGACAAUGAUAUACAAGAUAUAGCUAAAAAGUAAUUAAUUAGAUGUAGUGAAUAUGGUUAAAUUCAUAGUAUACAGCGCUAGUGGUUCGUAAUGUGUUACGUCGUAUUGCAAUUUUAUACAUUUCUAUGAAUGAACUCAUGUUAUUGGCGAAAGAUUUUGUACCUCGAAUAAAUUAUAUUAAUAGAAUGAAUAAUCUACGUAAAUUAUAGUAUGUAAC